AUGGCCCUCGAUAUCGUCAUCCCGCUGCUCCCAUUCGAGAAGUACAUUAUUGCGCAUGCGAUCCUCUGUGUGAUCGGCUUCUUGGGGUUGCUGCCUCUCGGUGCUCUCGUCGCGCGCUACACGAGGACGUUCAGCCCGAGCUGGUUCACUGCGCACUGGAUCAUUCAGUUCGCCCUCGCGGGCCCUGUCAUCAUCGUUGGCGUGUCGAUGGGCAUCCACGCCGUCGUCCUUGCUGAGUCCGGCCCCAUCAACGACGUGCACAAGCAAUGGGGGAUCGCGAUCUUCGUGCUCUAUCUCGCGCAGCUCGCGUUCGGGGCUUCCAUCCACUACUUCAAGCCGAAGGCGUGGGCGAGGGGAACCGGCCGGCGCCCGUUCCAGAAUUACUUCCAUGCGGUGACGGGUCUGCUGCUCAUCGCGUUCGCCAUGUACCAGGUCCGCACGGGGUUCCGCACGGAGUGGCCUCUGCAGACGGGGCGGGGGCCCAUCUCGAACGGAGCGAACGUCUUCUGGUAUGUUUGGAUCGUGCUUCUGCCGGUCGUGUACUUCGCAGGGGUCAUCUUCCUCAUUCGACGUCAGUUCGCGCUAGAGAGGCAGGCGCGGAUGGGGGACACUGGCUCAACGGAGCCCAACGAACCCAUGGCUCACCAAGUGGAGCCCUCGACGGCGACAUCAACAGGCAAAGCGCAGUGA